GAGAGCGAGAGGGACUGUACGCUGGACCGCCGGCAUCAGGAUGAGAGCAACCGAAGCGCACUGCCCAGUCCCAGCUGCCUAGGUCUGCCGCCUGUCUUGACCCCACCCACUGGCCACUUCCCCUCCUGUCCGUUCCCAAAUCCCGUCCCCUCCACCCGCACUCCAUUGGCGCCGCUCCCCUCCCCUCGCCGCCGCCGGAGAUCUGAUCCGAUCCGAUCCGAUCCGUUUGUGCUUGUGCUGGAGUGAGAAGUAAAAAAAUAUGGCUGCCCUGCCACUGGCCACCGCCGAAGUAUGCGACGCUAACCCUCACCUGAUCAUGAACGGCGAGCUCCGCGCGCUCCAGCCAAUCUUCCAGAUCUACGGACGGCGCCAGGUCUUCGCCGGCCCCAUCGUCACGCUCAAGGUCUACGAGGACAACGUCCUGGUCCGCGAGUUCCUCGAGGAGAAAGGCCACGGUAGGGUCCUCGUGGUCGACGGCGGCGGCAGCAUGCGCUGCGCCAUCCUUGGCGGCAACCCCGUCCAGCAGGCGCAGAACAACGGGUGGGCUGGUAUCCUGGUCAACGGCUGCAUCAGGGACGUGGAUGAGAUCAACGGCUGCGACAUCGGUGUCCGGGCUCUCAGCUCGCACCCUAUGAAGGCCAACAAGAAGGGGAUGGGCGAGAAGCACGUCCCCGUCAACAUCGCUGGAACCAGGAUUUGCGACGGCGAGUGGCUCUACGCCGAUCCCGAUGGCAUUCUUGUCUCCAGGACGGAACUCACCGUGUAGACAGACACCUGGUUGUAUGUGUGUGUGUAUAAGGAAUCGGGCGCUCUUGCUGUUAAGCCCGAGCUUGCAAUAAUGGAUUCUUGCUGGAUCACACAUUUAUACUUAGAAUAAUCGAAUGCUUGCUUCCUUGGUUACAAGAUGUUCUUGGACAAUUCUUUUUUUUGUUCCUUGUCAAUUUUCUAUUCCGGCGACGAAGUUGAUUAAACUAUAGAUCCCCUUGUUGGUGUAGUUCUGAAGCUGAGUGUUCUGUGUCUUGGCCCUGUGCCUUUGUUCAAGUCUGUAUUUCAUCUUUUGAAAAGAAGCUUAGACGCAUACUAUUAAUUAA